GGCACGGUGUGUCCGGAAGGUUUUAUUUAUAAAAUUUAUUAGAAAUUCAUGCAAGCAUUAUACUUCAAAUGAAAUUAUGUCGCUCAAGGAUAAUCUUAGAGAGUUUGGCUGGCACUUGAGUGAUGAAGGUAUCGAUAUUAUUAGCGAAAAUGGCCAGAUACAAGAUGUUAAUGAUCUUAUAAAGAAAGCUUUGGACUUCGAUCUGAGGGAUGUGGGGGAGCAAGCUUUUCCUGAAGAUUUCACCAAGGAUCCAACCAAAUUGGAGAACCCUAUAGUCGUUCAAAUACAGAAAGUGAGAAAUGUAUCAGCACCCAAAGCUAACGAGGAGUCAACAUCAGCACCCCGCAUGCUGAAACUGACGCUUCACGACGGCAAAUCCACUUGUACGGGGCUGGAAACGAGUCCCAUACCAUCUCUUAGUAUCAAUACACCACCAGGAACUAAAUUACUGCUAAAAAACGAAGAUCUAGAAGUGUGCCAUGGGAUCAUAUGGUUGACUCCGAGUGUAAUAUCUGUUUUGGGGGGAAAAGUAGCUCAUAUGAUAGAAAAGUGGGAGUUAAAUAGAAGUCUCGCCAAACAUACUCGUGGUGGUGGAGAGGUAGACGGUGGGCCUCCACCGUGGAUUCCUUUUGGCCAGCCUCUAGAAGCCUUGCCUGUUGAUAAACAGUUUAAAAGUUUGCAAGAGGCCUCAAAGCAAGAUAAUGCCGAGUUUGAAGCUCAACGAAAAGGAGCCAUCGCUGAGGCUCAAAGAUUGUCUGGAGUAAAGAAAGUGUUUGGAGGUGGCACUAAACCACUGCUAGAUGCAAAUGUGCAAAAAAUUGUUGAUGCUGGAUUCACAGAAGAACAGGCGGAGAAUGCUUUGAAAUACACUAAAAACAAUGUUGACCGGGCAUUAAGAAUAUUACAAAAGAGGGACAACUCAGAAAACAGGAAUAAGGAGAAACAAAAGGAACCUGAUCAGCCAAAACGUAAAGGCCGUAACAAAGAUGCCAAUGAUGAUGACGGUAUUCCCGUAAAGCCUUCUGGAAAAGUCUCCCUUUUUGACUUCUUGGAAGACAAGUUGCCUAAUGUUCCAGAAAGGGAUAAAAAUGUGAGAAGGGAAUAUAAUUCCAAUUCCGAAGAUAGAGGCGAAAGGUCCUAUGGUAAUAGAGACAGAAAUAACACCAGAGGCAAUUCACGCUCCCAUGGCUCGAGGUAUGACGGCCCGCGGAAUAGAGGCGACAGGGGAAACUAUUCCAAUGAUAACUAUCAUGGCUCCCAUCGAGAAGACCGAAAAUAUCCAAAUCAAAAUGAAAAACCCCCUCGGUUUCAACGUAAAUUGGAAGAAAAAAAUAAACAGCAGCAGCAAGCCAAUAGCAUGAAUAUAAACAUGGGAUAUAAUAAUUCCUAUCACAACCCGCCACUUAGCCAGUACCCGGAUAUAAAUAUGAGGAAAGAUAGCAUGAAUGACAGUAAAAUGCAUCAACAAAAUUAUAGAAAUCAUGUCAACCCCAUGGAUAGCUUAAUAGACGCAACGGCUAAUUUGAACUUACUUUCAAGUCCACCUGGGCCUGCGAAUGAUAUAUCACCCGGACGUCUCGGCUAUCAGAAUCCCCCUGAUCAGACAUAUGCAAAACCGACAUAUGCGAAUCAGGCUCAGGAUGCUCAGUCUUUUAGGCGGAACAACGAUAUGGCGAAAUAUCAGGAGCAGUAUCAGCGUAGACCUCAACAGCAACCUAAUGGAUACAUGGAGCCUCAACAGAACACCAUGUAUCCAAACAUGAAUUACAUGGGUGGAGGCCAAGCCGGGUAUAAUGGUCGUCAAUAUAACUACGGAAGCAGGCCUCAGCCUCAGGAGUAUAAUGCAAUGCGUACGGGCAUACCGUUUCUAUCGGGUUCUCUGCUCGGCUUUCAGAAUGCGGCUGUAAAUGAGCAGGCUCGUGCUAUGCUCGGUGUCACGGAUAUAAACUGGAAAGUCGGUGACAGGUGUCUUGCUCUUUACUGGGAGGAUAAUAAUUUCUAUGAAGCAGAAAUUACCGGUAUAUCAGCCAAUACAGUAGUAGUCAAAUUUUGUGCAUACGGAAAUCAUGAGGAGGUUCUCAAGUCAAAUUGCUUGCCCUACCCUAACCAAGGUGCGUCGAUACGCGGCGGCGUGGCGGGGCGGCGGGUGUAGGGCCGCGGGGCGGAGCGAGCGGCACCGCCCUCGCCCGCCAGCUGACCACCGCUGUCCGCGCCCGCG